UGGACUUUUUUUGAGGCAUAAACAUCCACUAAAUACAAUUAUUUUUAUCAUUUUGCAUUGUUAUUCAAAAGAUAAUUCAAGAAAUCAUCAUUUAUACGUUUUAUUUGAGAUUUUUAGAGAAAUAAAAUUGUUCUGUUGUCAUUUCGUGCGAUGGGAAAAGAGGAAUCUAGGGGGUUCCAGGAACAAUUGAGCGAUUCAUCAUUCAUAGCAUUUAUGAAUGAAAGAUUCAAAGCUUUGGGAAAAAUAAAAUUAUUCAACAGUCAUUUUGUGUGAAACUGAAUAAUAAUGUUUAGAAAUAUUGUGGUUGGGUUGUCUGGUGGUGUUGACAGUGCUGUUGCCGCAUUAUUAUUAAAACGUAAAGGAUUCAACGUGACCGCAGUGUUUUUGAGGAAUUGGGACACUGCAGACGAGACUGGGAAGUGUCUCGCUGAUGAGGAUUACAAAGAUGCUGAGUAUGUCGCUAGGAAGAUUAAUAUUCCUCUUGUGGAGGUGAAUUUCGUCAAGGAGUACUGGCACGAGGUGUUCACGUACCUUCUGGAGAGCUACGAGAGUGGAUGCACUCCAAACCCUGACAUAAUGUGCAACAAAAACAUAAAAUUCAAAAAAUUUUACGAUUUCGCGAGGGAAAACUUGAAGGCUGAUGCCAUUGCCACUGGACAUUACGCGAUAUCAUCAUUCGGUCCUUAUCUGGAGGAUUAUAAACCAGGCGCCAAGAUGAAAUUGCUGCAUGCAGUCGACCGGAAGAAGGACCAGACAUUCUUUCUGUCUCAAGUGAGCCAGGAGUCCCUCCAGAGGUGCAUGUUCCCUGUCGGGGGAUUGCUGAAGUCAGAUGUGAAGAAAUUAGCGAUUGAAGCUGAUCUAAGGGCAAUUGCACAGAAACCUGAGAGCAUGGGAAUUUGCUUCAUUGGAACGAGAACUUUUCAGAAUUUUAUUCCACACUAUUUGGAGAAUAAACCUGGGAAUUUUGUGAAUUACGACACGGGGGAGGUGGUUGCCCAGCAUCAGGGGAUCCACUAUUGGACGUUGGGUCAGAGGUGUCGAAUUGCAGGGGCCUAUGAGAAAUUCUUUGUCUUAAGGAAGGAUGUCAAGACCAAUGACAUUUUGGUUGUCCCAGGAACAGAUCACCCAGCAUUGUUCUCGAGAAUUCUCGUCACCUCGAAGCCCCACUGGAUUCGUGAAGAGCCAGAGCAAUUGAUCGACAGUUGGACAAUCCUCAACUGUGAAUAUCGGUUCCAACGUAACGAGAAGCUCUGUCCAUGUAUAGUUUACAAAUCGUUGAGUGAUAAAUUGAUAAUCAUUUCGGAGAGGGAGAAGAGAGCGAUAUCCCCAGGACAAUUCGUCGUUUUGUACUUGAACGACGAGUGUCUGGGAAGUGCCCCCAUUGUCCACACAGGACCAUCUCUCCACAGCCUCGGCGCGACUCGAGCCUCAUCAGACAGUGAGGAUAGCGAUGGAUUCCUCGAGGCGAGCAUCAACAGUGUGAACUAAAAUAAAUAACUUUAAUAAAAUUGUA